AUGUAAUUUUAUUAAAAAUUAUAUGAUGAAAACCCUUACUUUAACAGAUUCUUCUAGAACCACUUUUUAUAUUAGGGAUUCAACAUUUAGUUAACCGAUUUACCUCAUUUCAAAACCUAGUUUAAUUUGAGAAGUAAGGAGAGUCUAAAUUUGACUUGGAGGCACAAAUAAGACAAUAAGAAAUUCGUGUUCAUAGCUAAUAAUUAGAGUACAAAUACAAUUAUAAAAUCGUAGUCGAAGGAUUAAUAAGUAUUUGCAAUAGUCAUAUUUUAGUAAAUCCAAUACUAGUUUCAUUUGAUCAAUCGAUCUAACAGGUAUAGCCUUUUAUUCGCUUUGAAAUACAAUGAUGAAAAGAAUCUAUUAACCAAACACACAUUCACUCCCUAAAUACAAAUCAGUUAGAAUUUAGAAACAAACUCAAAUGUGGAUUUCGGAUUCAAAUAUCACUAUAUGAACAAAAAAGAAAAUGUUGAUUUUCGAUUUAACAUAAUUUCUUCUCUUUCAAAUAGGUCAAAACCUGAAUACUGUUUGGUAGGCAAUUUUAUGCAUCCACACAAAUUAUAGAUUGGAUUGUAAAACAACCAAAUUUGGUUAGGCCUCAUCUGUAAAUAUAAAGCAAUGAACAUGUAUAGUCUUGCACUGUAUAAUGUCAACAAUAAGAAAUAUGAUGUGAGUGCUUAUUUUCAGAUAAACGAAAUCGAAAAUAGGUUGAAUAACAAAAUGAAAUUUUUGAUGGGGGUUUCAACAGAAAGAGAGAUAUUAGGAACUAUUGAUUUUAUGACAAAAGUGGGUAAAUUGGGAUAUUGUUUAAAAUGGUAACACGUACGCGGUGUGAGUAUGGGAUAUAAGGUUGAAAUAUGA